AAAUUAAUGAAAAACUAACAAGGUAAAUCGCUUGUCUUAUACAAACUCGAAAUUCUCCAGAUAUAAAACUCUAAAUGAAAAAAUAAUAACUAUAAAAAAGUAAAAAAAAAAAUAAGGAGAAUAUAUAGGAGAUAAUAAAUUUUCUAUAUACGCCUAUGUAGCGGUUCACAUGAUCGAUGCGGCGGCGACGAGACCGACUACGACAGAUCCGACAGCGGCGAAUCCAUUCGAGACGGCGGCAUUCUCGGACGGUGCGGGGGCAUCGGACGGAGGGGAAGAGAUCGACGACGGAGAGAUGGAAGGCGACGGAGAAGACGCCGGAACUGAAGUAGGAGGAGACGGCGGAGAGCUCACGACGGAGGAUGAAGGUGAAGGAGCAGCGGCGGGUGGAGACAUGGACGAAGAAGGCGAGGGAGUGGCGGUUUUCGGUGGAGCAGCAGCGAACUCAGGAGACGACGCCGGAGAUUGUGCGACGGCAGAGAAGACGAACAUCGCCACGAGCAGAAGAAGUAGAGUGGAAGAGAAUGCCAUUCUCAGAGGUUGAGAAUAUAAAUUGUAAAUUACAGUGAAAGUGCUGC